UGGCCGUAUAUACAUAGAUAGCUACCCUUUAAACCACCUUCUCUUAACUUUCUCUCUUGCUCUUUCACUCGACAUCAUCCAUUCCCCAACCAAGUCUUUAUCCAUUCAUCCAUCACACCUUCUCAGUAGUCUUUAUUAAACAUGGCCAACCUACCCUCUGAACCCGAAUUUGAACAGGCUUACAAGGAGCUGGUCUCCACGCUCGAGAAUUCGUCCCUGUUUGAGCAGAACCCCGAAUACAAGACUGCUCUCAAGGUGGUCUCCAUCCCCGAACGCAUCAUCCAGUUCCGUGUCGUGUGGGAAGACGACAAGGGCGAAGUCCAGGUCAACCGGGGCUACAGAGUCCAGUUCAACUCCACCCUCGGUCCCUACAAAGGCGGUCUGCGCUUCCACCCUACUGUCAACUUGUCCAUCUUGAAGUUUUUGGGUUUUGAGCAAAUCUUCAAGAAUGCCUUGACCGGCCUGAACAUUGGCGGUGGCAAGGGUGGUGCCGACUUCGACCCCAAGGGAAAGUCCGACAAUGAGAUCAGAAGAUUUUGCUGUGCAUUCAUGAGCGAACUUGGAAAACACAUUGGCGCUGACACCGAUAUUCCUGCUGGCGACAUUGGUGUGGGUGGACGAGAAAUUGGUUACAUGUUUGGGCAAUACAAGAAGCAGACCAAACUGUGGGAGGGUGUCCUGACAGGCAAAGGAGGUUCUUGGGGAGGCUCGCUGAUCCGACCUGAAGCCACUGGCUAUGGCCUCGUUUACUAUGUCCAACACAUGAUCAAGUACGCAACCAACGGACAAGAAUCUUUCAGCGGCAAGAGAGUGGCCAUCUCAGGCUCUGGCAACGUGGCCCAAUUUGCUGCCCUCAAAGUCAUUGAAUUGGGCGGCACAGUUUUGUCACUCAGUGACAGCAAAGGUGCUAUUAUCGCCACCACCGAAGGCGGAAUCGAUGCCGAGUUGAUUGGACUGAUCGCCAAGCUGAAGCUCGAACGCAAACAACUGGCCGAGGUUGCGGGCACAUCCGAGUUCAGCAGCAAAGUCAAGUACGUGCCUGGCGCUCGUCCUUGGCUGGAGGUUGGAGCUGUCGACGUCGCACUGCCUUCGGCGACCCAGAACGAAGUGUCCAAGGAGGAGGCAGAAGGUUUGAUCAAAGCCGGUGCCAAAUUCAUUGCCGAAGGCAGCAACAUGGGAAGCACGCAGGAAGCCAUCGACGUUUUCGAGGCAAGCCGAAAGACUCAAAAGGGCGAUGCCAUCUGGUAUGCCCCCGGCAAGGCAGCCAACGCUGGUGGUGUGGCCGUGUCAGGACUCGAAAUGGCACAGAACUCGGCACGCGUGCCAUGGACAUCAGAGCAGGUGGACGACAAGUUGAAGGACAUUAUGAAGAAUGCCUUUGAGAACGGUCUCCAGACGGCAAAGACCUAUGUCACACCCGCUGAAGGCGAAUUGCCCAGCUUGGUUGCUGGCAGCAACAUUGCCGGAUUCAGCAAGGUUGCGGCAGCCAUGAAAGACCACGGCGACUGGUGGUAGUUAUGAUCAUAUGACUUGAUAUGACUGGGUCGGCUGUUUGGUGUUUGGAUGGAGUUGGCUAGCGUGGCAUUGCAACAUUGCAACAUUAAAAGAUAUAAAUCAUGUCUCAUUACUACUUGUAUUCACAACAACGAGUACGAGGAUAUACCUCUAGGUAGUAUCUACGAGUAACUAGUACGAAGACAUACCUCUAGGUACCUAGUAUCUACGAGUACUCAUCACCUGUACC